CACCAUACGGUCUCCAUAUAUACACAUUCUUUCAUCUCUCACAAACAAAUAAGAACUUCUUUUAGUUAAGUUUCGUUUGUUUGUCAAAGGAAUCAUACCUCAUGGCUCACAAUAAGCUUCCUUUGGUUCUCUUCCUCUCCUCGCUCUUCAUCCAUGCAGCUCUAGGUACAUAAAUUCUAUUUCUGAAACAUGAUCAAGAGUACGGAAUAUGAUACGUUGAUCGGCCCGCAUUUCUUGUCCCUAAUCGAUCAUAGGUUAUGUGUUGUUUUAAUCCUUGUUAUGUUGGUUUCCUCCGGUGCUUUUGUGUGUGAGGAUCUCCCAAAUGAUGUUUGCGCGUUUUCGGUGUCGUCUGCCGGGAAAAGAUGUUUGAUAGAAACCAUGGCAAAGAACAACGAAGGCGUAGAGUACCAGUGCUGGACAUCAGAGGUUAUGGUUGAGGGUUUGGCAGAGUACAUGGAAACAGAUGAGUGUGUGAAUGCUUGUGGUGUUGAGAGAAAGUCCGUCGGAAUUUCCUCCGACGCCCUUCUUGAGCCUCAGUUCAUGGGCAAGCUUUGCUCACCCAACUGUUACCAGAAGUGCCCCAACAUUGUUGAACUUUACUUCAACUUAGCUGCCGGAGAGGGAGUGUUCUUGCCUGAUCUGUGUGAGAGACAACGAUCCAACCCUCACCGCGCCAUGAUUGAACUUAUGAGCUCCGGCGAUGCAGCCCCUGGUCCAGUUUCAUCAACAAACAUUCCUCCCACCCCAAGCCCCUUUCCAAACGACAAUGCUCCAGCCCCUGCUCCUUUCUAAGGAUGUUUAAUUAUAUGAAUUCUUAACAGCAUCGUUAAUUUCACGUUCAAUAUAUGCUAGUGCAAACUGAACGAGGAAUAAUGUUUAGCAAGUUCAUUUUCCUUUUUCGGGUGGAGAAUUAGUUCAAUGAAUUUACCGACAUUUGAUCGAAAAUUUAUUGUAAUACAUACUCAUUCAGCAUA